GCUCCUGGGGGCCCGAGUGACCUCUGCUCCUCUGCCGCGAGAUGCGUGGGAGCUGAGACUUGCAUUGCGCUACCAAUUUGCUCCCAGCUCUAGGCGCUUAGCGAGUCAGUGAAUUCACGUGAGUUGAAAGCGGGAAGAGUUGACACCGAUUGGAGCAGAAAUGAGCUGAGCGGAAGUGAUGUUUUCAUGAACCUCUCUAGGAAGACCUACUUAAUCAUGGUAGCUGUGGCCUGUGAGCCUAUAAUAAGCCCGAGGCACCGAUAACUAACUCGGGAAGAUAGAAACCUGGUAUCUGCUCAGUAUCCUGGGUUGGCCUUGAAUUCAAGAGCCUCCCACGUGCUGGGAUUACAGGCCACGUGCCUACACACUAAGCAGGAAAGAGAAAAGGAAGAAGAUGUUAAAAACUAAGCAGUCAUCCUGGUAAUGGAGCUAUGUCAGGAAAGUGAGACUGAUUUAGAAAAUAGUGAAAUUAAAACCACAGAAGAAAUUGAAGAAAACUUUACUUGUCCAGAUGAAAGAAGAGAAAAGAGCCAUGUGUGUUGUCUUCUUGAUAUCAGUGACAUUACUCUCCAAGAAGAUGAAAGAAUCAAUGAGUUCGUUGUUGGCACUGGGUGGGAAGAAGCUGUCCAUGGCUGGGGAAAGACUUCUCCAGCUGCCUGCAUCUGGCCACGGAAGAAACUGAAAAAGGCAAAAGCAGGGGAAAACUCCAGCAGUAGCUGCUUGCUGUGUGUCAGCCUGUCUCAGGUGAACCCGGAAUCCAAGUCUGCCCUGGAGACUGGAAAAUGGGAGACAAAGACUGUGGCUGAACCAGGCCUGGAGAAGAAUUGGAACACUUCCUCUCAGAUCCCAGGGCCCUCCCAGGUCUCAAGCACUGCUCCCAGGGAGAGUAACAACAUCUGCUUUCCCAACUACAUUCACAGAGAAAAAAAAAGUCUGCAAAUCAAGGAGUUUAUCUGGUGCCUGGACGAAUGGGCCACCCCGGAGGUGCCUAGUGGCAAGGCGGCCCGGAGUCCCAGCAGAGGCAUGUGCCCGGAGAGAGGGUUCUCCCUGUCCGACUCCUUGACCUCCAAGGCCCUCCUAGUCCUGCCUCCCCUGAGAGCUAGUCCUCCAAACAGUGUGGAAGCUCUGGGUAAGAACAGCAAGAACAUUUACUGGCAGUCAGAUGAGAAAGUGGUGAAAGUGGAGAAAGAUGAGAGUGUGACGACUGGCUGUGGAUUGAAAACAGUGGAUGGGACAGGUGACAAGAGACACUUCCAGCUGACCAAGCACCUCAUGGUCACCAAGGGGACGUCUUUGACAUCUCCGCCCGAGGCCCCGACACCCCUGCUGGCUGAUUCUGAAAGGUGCUGCCUGCGAUGGUCCCUCCUGACUGAGAAAACCUCCAUGUGCCCUCCCAACGCCAACAGCAUCCACUACCUGGCUACCUUGCAGCUUUUGCAGAAAGGAGGACUGCAAAGCUGCAGACCUACAUUGAAAACCAAGGACCCAAGACCUCUCAGGAAUACCCAGAGGCACGUUCUUACAAAGACCAAGCAGGAAAGCAGUCCCCAAAUGCUGGAUACCAAAGUGUUCCCAAGACCUCUCUUGCCGUCCCUCACACCCACUCGACUUGCCAGCAAACCUUAUUACAGACUGGAAAUGGUGACCAGUUCUUUCGGAGCCAGGUUCCCACCAGCUUCCUGUGGAUCCUGGCCUUCCCAGUAUGAAGUGAAGAAAAAAACACAGGAAAAAAGAAGAUAAAGUAGGAGAGGGAUCAGUUACACAUUCAUUCCUAAGCAGCAUGUUUGAGAUGCAGUCCUAAAACCAUAUUCUACCCUGGACAUGGGAAAGGCAGUGGAUCACCAGAAAGCAGACAGUAAAAUACUAUAAGCAGCAAGAAGACUGGAAGCUCAGAAGGAGGUCUUAUUCCUAUCAUUUCAAUAAGCUUGCUCCUUUAAGCCAACACAAACAAAAACAUCUUUGUUUGCAUGGAGCAAUUUGCAUUGACAAGACAUAAUUGUCUGUUGAGGUCAUACACAUACUUUUGAGACCAACAAGUCCUCUUAGUGCUGUUUCAGUUUUUUCCCCAUUUUUUUGAAACACUUGAUUAUUUUACUGAUAAACUAAAAAGAUGACUUGUUUUAUUUAUUUAUUGGUUGUUCUUUCCUGUAGCCUGUGGCCUGUAAUAUUGUUUCAGAGUAGAAUCUUAAGAAUUGAUGG